UGCUGCUUCCUAUUGCAGGUGAAGCUUAGCAGCAGGAGAGUAAGUUAGUGACUAAAUAGGAUUGGAAAGCUGCAGCCAGGGACAGCCCCUACACCUCUGCUGCAGCAGUUGCACCCAUGGCGAGAACAAGGCAUUUCUAGGCAUUUUCUUCCAUCCCUGCAACCAUAUCCAAACGAACUGGCGUCCCAUCUGACCUAAUCCUGUCCUGUCAUUGAUGGGAAAUCAACUGGAUCGCAUCACCCACCUGAAUUACAGUGAACUGCCUACUGGAGACCCCUCUGGCAUAGAGAAGGACGAAUUGAGGGUUGGGGUAGCUUAUUUCUUCUCGGAUGAAGAAGAGGACCUGGACGAGAGAGGCCAGUCUGAGAAGUACACUGUAAGGGACCCAAGUCCAGUAGAGGAAGAGGGACAUCUGGUACUAAACGAGAUUGAAUUUUCAGCGUUCAGCUGCCAGGAAUGUAUUUUCUCCAAACUCAGAGGCAGCCAAGACUUGAAUGUCUACCCCAUGCAAGGCUUGCUUUCAUUUUCCAACCCUGGGGACCUGUUGGAACUGCUCUUCAUUUGCCCAGCAGCAGACCAACCACCUCCUCCAUCCCCUCACUGGGUAGUAUAUGUUGGUCAGGGGCAAAUCAUACAUUUGCAUCGAGGGGAGAUCAGAAAGGACAAUUUAUUCGAUGUUGGAGUAGGGUGCAUGGGCAGGGUGGUUAAUAGCUGGUACAGAUACCGACCCCUGACUUCAGAGCUUGUCUUGCAAAACGCCUGUGGACACCUUGGUUUAAAAAGCGAUGAAAUCUGCUGGACAAACUCUGAGAGCUUUGCUGCCUGGUGUAGAUUUGGCAACAGGGAAUUCAAAGCUGGCGGGGAGGUCCAAUCUGGCAAUCUGCAAUACUUCCUGAAGCUCCAUCUAGAGGAGAACAACAUACACACGUUAAGGUUUCAUAGUCUGGAGGAUCUAAUAAGAGAAAAACGUCGGGUGGACGCUAGUGGCAAACUGAGAAUCCUUAAAGAGCUCUCCAUGGUGGAAGCAAAAGACUGAUAGUGGUUUAGGGAUAUUCCACAUGUAUAAAUAGAACAGACUUGCAAAGCUAAGAUGCACCUUUAUAAGGAUCAUAUCAACAUUCCUGGAACCAGCAUUACACCAUAGCCACUUUUUGAUUUGGCUUCUAAAACAUGGUAUAAAAAAAGCAACAACUAAUUUUCAGUGUGUUGGCUGUAGUGUUGAUGUCUUCUUAUUGAACAUUUAGCAACAUGCUAAAUAAAAUUUCAAAUUGAAAUUUUUAUUUUCAUGGCUUUACUCCAUGAUAGUUUUACCACAGAGGCUAAUAAACUGGAUUUCUCUAUUUGCCUAUUUAGUUCCUUUACUUUUUUCCUUGCUUUGUGAAACGAUUUUUUUUAUACAAUUAAAUUAAUUUUGCCUUUAUUGCUCCCAUACCACAUAAUCUGUGUGGCUUUGAUUGGAUUGCUGUGUUAUUUAUUGUUUUCUUUUUCAUUAUGUAUUUUCUACUGCAGUAAAAUUGUUUUAUGAUUUUGAUUUAGGCCCACAUGUAAUAGAACACAAUAUUUUCUUAAUAGCACAAAUGACAGAGGUUGAUAACCUUUUCCUAUAUUCCCUUUCUGAUUGUCUAACAAUUUUUAUAAAAGCACAACAUGCCAUUGUUUCCUAUAUGGGAUAAAAUAUGUUUUAUUACAGUCACUAGUUUUAUGUUCACUGUAAAACAAAGGUCGAUGAACAUAUAAUGAGUUAUAAAUGAAUGUGUUAGCCAUUAAAAAAAAACGUGCCAUUUGCCCUUGGAAGAGAAAACUAUCCACCUGAUCUGCUGGCAUAUUUGUUAGGCUUACACAAUAUUUUAUGCACAGCAUAAAACACAUGGACAAUACAAUUGCUUCAUGUUUUUUUAACAUCAAAAUUAAAAUAGAAAUCAAAAGAAUAUAUAUAUAUAUUUCUUCUAAAUUUGUCCUGAAAUAUAUCCUGCACAAGACAAAGUGCCAUUUUACUGGGGUGUUGAUCCGUUGCUGUUUUUUGGCAAUAAGAUUAAUUGUUUGUUAUUUUGCCAAUGUUAUGUCACACAUAACUGCUAUGUUCUGAAACACUCUCUUUAAUCUUCAUGUAACAAAUUCUGAAUUAAUGGAUGCUUUCAGAAAACCCAGCGAAAAAGGUUAAAAUGUAAGCAUAAAUCCAUUUAAUUUGUUUUUAAAUUCCUGAGUUACACAAAGUUCAGUGUGAUUAAAAUAGAAUCAAAACUAUGAAACGUGAUGCUUUUUUUUUUUUUAAUAAUUUGACCUAUUUUAACUGUAAAACUAUUGACUAUUGUGUUUUUAUGACAUUUGUGUUUGCAAUUCUCAAGCCACAUACAUUUAAUUUGCAAGAGAUUUUAAUUAUUUUUAACAAAUGUAAAAAUAUCCAUAUUUAUAGCUUUACUAUUAAAAUGAAAUGCUAAAGCA